GGAACAGUUGCUCCUCCUGAAUAGCUGCACACUAAACAAGACAACAGAUGCUGUCGUCGUGUUUAUCGCAGAUAUAGUAAAAGAGACAGAAACAGAUAGAGAGAAGUGUCCUCGGUCAAACCUCCAUUGUCAUGGAAGGCUGUUGCAAUUGGACAUUGACAAAUGGCUGGGGCUUUUUGUGUAUGUCAUUUCGACUACAGAUACUAUUUGGGGUCAUCAGUGCAAUACUGGUCCUCUCACUGUCUUGGAAUAUUUUUUUCUGUGUCUCAAAAUGUUGCUCAGGAAGGACAUGUCGACCAAGGAUCAGACAAAGGAGCACACGGCAGAUGGAAGAAAAUCCUAUUUAUGGAAACGUAAGCUACAUGCAAACAAGCUUUACAGAAGUUGAGCAUCCACAUUCGUCACUCACCUCGUCAUCCAUGACUUAUGAGCAGAGAGUCAAUUCUGACUCACAGUCCAAAACUCAGGACUGCUAUGCCAACCUCACCCUGAAGCCUCCCCGGCUGCAGUCUGGCUGCAGCUCUCCACAGAUCCAGUACUCAGAUGUGGUUCAUUUAGAGGAGCCAGAUAAGGAAGAUGAAGGCAAUGCAGACACCGUCUCCACCAUGUCUGAUCUGUAUGCUUCUGUGCAAAAUCAGCGCACCAAAACCAUCAACAAUGCAGACAGCAGAGAGGAUUACGCCAACCAUCUCUGAGGACGGCACUGUUGCUGAUGCUGAGCUGCCAAAAAUUGCCUUUUUGCAACUUGACUGGCUGCCACAGGAUGGCACUGUUUGUCAUUAUAUCAAAAAUAACCACCCUUUAGUGUAGUGAUGUGCUGUAAGUCAUACUUCUCAUGCAAACUAACUGAGUGGUACACGUAUUACUAAAGAAUGUACAUUUUUGUGAAGAUUCAAUGCAUUAUUCUGACAUAUCUUGCUUUUUGUUUAACUUAAAUGAAAACAAACACAGCUAAUAUCUCUGUAAGAGCAAAGCAUUUUAUCAAAAAUUCCCAUUGUUUGUACUAUACUAAACAUGCAUAUGAUAUGAAAGAUUAUAACUUGUUUUAAGACAUUAAAAUACUCU